AUGCUUUCCUUGUUCCCCCUCCUCUCUUUGGCCCUCUCAGUCCAGGCCAUGGCUAUCAAGCCCACCGAAGUCUCCAACGACCUCGUCAAAAAGUCGGGACCCAAGGUGUUGAAGUUGGACUUUGGUGUUCACAGAUCCUCUGCUAACAUCACCAAGAGAGACACUCCUGAUGAGGAUCUCGACAACAGCAGAGACAUUCGUUACCUCAUGGACAUGUACCUUGGAUCGAACAAGCAGAAGGUUGAGGUGGACAUUGACACCGGUUCUUCUGACCUUUGGGUGCACAAUGCCAAAGGUGGUGCUGCUUUUGGAGGCGCUUUCAACGAAGAUCAGUCCAGCACCCUCCAGCACCUCAACAAGGAUUUCUCCAUCGGCUACUUGGACGGCUCUGGUGUCGAUGGUGAGUUUGUGAAGGACACCGUCACUCUUGAAGACGGAACCUCCAUCAACAACUUCCAGUUUGCCGUUACCAAUGGUAAGGACGAUCUGCACCGCCCUCCAAUCUUUGGAAUUGGCAGAAAGGGUUUGGAGUCUGUUUCGACCCAGGACCAGUACGACAACUUCCCGUUGGCUUUGGUCGAUGCUGGAAUCAUCGAGAAGCCUUCGUACUCCAUCUACAUGACGGGAGAUGGCGGUGAUAAGGGCCUGGUGCUCUUUGGCGGUAUAGACAGAGCAAAGUAUUCUGGUGAUUUGGUUACCUAUCCCAUGAGCCACCCAACUCGGUCUUUGAUCAAGUUGAACACAGUCAACUUCAACGGUAACACCUACGAUAUCAACCACAGCGUCAACAUGGACACUGGCACUUCUUGGCUUAUUUUGCCCGAGGCUGUCGUCAAUGACCUUACCAGCCUUUUUGGUGCCUCGGUGAAGAGCAACGGUGACAAGUACAUUUCCUGUGACCAGCCCACCGACAAAUUUGUGACUUUUGACUUUGGCGACAGCCAGAUCCAGUUGUCUUACGCUGAUCUUGUCGUGAGGCCCUUCAAGGGAUCCUGUCUCUUGGGCGUCAGUGCUGCUACUACUGACUCUAUGCUUUUGGGUGACGUCUUUUUGAGAAAGACUUACACCUACUUUGACUUGGAGGCCGGUACUGUUGCCAUUGCUCCUGCUAUUGACACCGAGAACACUGACAUUAUCCAGGCUUGA